GGUCAAAGUCAAGAAGCUUCUCUAUGAAGUUGCCUGUCUACUCACCCACAGUGAGCUGAUCACGCCUACCGAUUCUCAGCACGCCUGCCCUUGUCCAUCGCAUCGCUUUGAACCCGAACCGGCCGGGGGACGGAGUUCCCGCUUCUUCCUUUGCUGCUCGGGUCUGCAAGGCUUGGAUCUUGAGAAAUGACUGAUCUUGAGGAUGAUCAUUCCUCCACGCUGUCAGGAAAUAUUGAAUUGCCAAGAUUUACGGCCAGGAGUGCAUCAAUGUCUAUGUCACCUUCCUUUGCCAUUGACGAAAGGACUUCUGAGAUUGGUCCUGUCAGUGGCCCUUUGAGUAGAUCAAAUGCUGUUACACUUGAUGAUUCCUUUUAUGGUGGUGAUGUCAUGAGCAAUAAAUCUUUGCAGAUGGCCGGGCCUCCCGGACUGUGCAAUGAUCCUGAUCAGACUGAGUCCCCUGCAGCUUAUAAAACCCAAAAGGGAAACAUUGAAUUGCCAAGAUUUACGGCCAGGAGCGUAUCAAUGUCUAUCCCACCCUCCUUUGCCAUUGAGGAUACCUUUAUAUCUCAUACUGGUCCUCUGCGUAUCCGGAAGGUUCCUGAGAUUAGUACUGUAGGUGGCCCUUUGAGCAGGAAUACGAGGCAUGGAGUUACCAGAGUGCAAAGUAGAUCAAAUGCUGGUACACCUGAAGUAUUUGACAUUGAUGAUUCCUCUUAUGGUGGUGAUGUCAUGAGACAUGAACAUUUGCUGAUGUCUGGGCCUUUGGGACCGUGCAACAAUCCUGAUCGCACUGAGUGCCCUGCAGCUUAUAAAACCAAAAAGGCGUUUCUAAGAAGUUCUAUAUCUCUGGAUAAAAAGCUUCAUGACAUUCUAUAUGGGGAUAAUCAUAGCUGGGCUGAAAAAUGGGUUUCGCGGCUGAAUUCAUAUUUCCCGAUUAUGAAUCCUCAUACUAGAGUUGUUCAACAGUGGAACCAGUUCUUUGUAAUAUCUUGCUUGGUUGCAAUCUUCAUCGACCCACUGUUUUUUUUCUUGUUAUCUGUAAAGGAGGAAGAAAAAUGUAUAGUUUUCAACUGGUCUUUGGCAAUUGGAAUUGCUGUUGUACGGAGUGUGACUGAUUUCAUUUACUUGUUACACAUGAUUCUUCAGUUUAGGCUUGCAUAUGUUGCUCCUGAAUCUAGAGUGGUCGAUACUGGGGAUCUAGUUGAUCAACCUAAGAAAAUUGCUCUUAAUUAUCUUCGUGGAUACUUUUUCUUGGACUUGUUUGUUGUAUUGCCACUUCCUCAGGUAAUGAUAUUGGCAAUGAUACCAGAUUAUGUGGGGCCAUCAGCAGCAAUUUUUGCCAAAAAUCUUUUACGUGUAACUGUUCUCCUCCAAUAUAUCCCUCGGAUAAUCAGAUUUGUUCCAUUGCUUGGUGAGCAAUCUGCAACUGGUUUCAUAUUUGAGUCCGCAUGGGCAAGCUUUGUCAAUAAUCUUCCUAUUUUUGUAUUGGUUGGACAUGUGGUUGGUUCAUGUUGGUACCUCUUUGGUUUACAGAGAGUAAAUCAGUGUCUGCAGGAUGCCUGUACUUCACAGUUUCUAAAUUGUAAAACUUUGAUAGAUUGUGGUCGUGGUGAUGUUGAUGAAGGACAAAGACAAAUGUGGGUUAAUGAUUCCAAUUCUAAUUCUUGCUUUGACAUUGUUGAUGGAACCUUUAGAUAUGGGAUUUACCAACAAGUUGUUUUGCUAAGCACUCAGCCUAACGUUGUACAAAGAUAUAUUUAUGCUCUAUUUUGGGGUUUUCAGCAAAUAAGUACCUUAGCAGGUAAUCAAGUUCCAAGUAUUUUUUUGUGGGAAGUUUUGUUCACUAUGGCGAUCAUUGGAACGGGGUUGUUUCUUUUUCCCUUGCUUAUUGGGAAUAUGCAAAAUGUUCUCCAGUCUCUUGGUAGAAGGAGACUAGAAAUGCAACUUCGACGACGUGAUGUUGAACGAUGGAUGAGCCAUCGGCGAUUACCUAAAGCAUUAAGAAGGAAAGUAAGACAAGCUGAACGAUUUACAUGGGCAGCUACGCGGGGCAUUAAUGAAGAACAGUUACUAGAAAAUCUGCCAGAAGACAUACAAAGAGAGAUACAUCGUCAUUUCUUUGGGUUUCUCAAUAAAGUUCGCAUUUUCUCCCUAAUGGACGAACCAAUGUUAGAUGCCAUAUACAAGAAGUUAAAGCAAAAGGUGUACAUUAAAGGAAGUGACAUCUUUUAUAAGGGAGGGCCAGUUGAAAAGAUGGUUUUCAUAGUCUCUGGAAAAUUGGAAAGUAUUGGAGCAGAUGGAAACAUAGCCCCCUUAGCAGAGGGUGAUGUAUGUGGCGAGGAGCUCCUUACGUGGUAUCUUGAGCACACUUCAGUAACUAGAGAGGGUGGGAGAAUCCAAUUCCCAGGAUCGCGGUCGUUAUCAACUCGAACUGUUACAUGUCUAACCAAUGUUGAAGCUUUUGCACUCCAUGCUGCCGAUCUAGAAGAAGUCACUACAUUGUUCUCCCAGUUCUUGAGAAACCCACGCGGACAAGGAGCUAUUAAGGAUGAAUUACCCUAUUGGAGAAAAAUGCCUGUGACACGCUGUCAAGUGGCUUGGAGAUACCGGCAGAAGCGUUUGAAGUGCGCUAGCAUCACAAACAAUUUAUCUGCUAAUCACACAGCUCGACGCUGAACAUGGAUUACCUUCAGUUGCAAAUGCUAUACCUGUCAUUUAUGCCCAUAAUUAUAUACUAGGCUUUUUGAAGCAUGGUCUUCUACCUCCACAAUUUCCCUCAGGAUUUCCGUGGAUCAGGACAUGAAAACUUCGAUGAAUCUCUCUCACUUGUGAUGCCUGCCAUUGUUUAUAUGAAUAAGGUUGAUGCCAGACUAGUAUUUUGUUGUCUUAUCUCCCUGAUGGUUGAUGUAUUCAUGGGCAUCCCAUAUGCCUCAAUCAGGUUUAAACUUGAAGACUGUUAU